AUGAGCCGUCCAACAAUAGCAAGACCACAUCUAUACAAUGGUCAGCUGCCUAAUACUGAAGAGGUACUGCCGAAUCGUACAGAAAGUUAUAUGGCGGUGAAAUCUAAAUCUUCACCCAGGCCAACAAGACAAUGCGCAGAUUGUAAAAAGCCCAUUCAUUCAAAUGCAUUGAAAGCUCUUGGGUCACACUACCACGAAAACUGCCUUGUGUGUUAUGAUUGCGGGGCUAUCUGCAAACCAAAAUACUUUCCUUAUGACCUGCCCGAUUCGAAAGAAACCGUUCUGUUAUGUCAAAAGCAUUAUUUCACACGAAAUAACCUAUUAUGCUCCGUUUGCAAGGAACCAUUAAGUGGCAUUUAUUUCAAUACCUUUGGAAAACUCUACGAUGAGCAGCAUUUUUGCUGUUCCCUUUGUGGUGAAAAAUGCAAAGUAGACGAGUGUUUUCAUCAUUACGACAACCUUUACUGCAAGUAUCAUUUCCUAAAGUACCUCUCGAGGCGAUGUGAAGGAUGUGGCUAUCCGAUAUCAGACCAGUAUAUUGAAUUCCAAAAAGGUGAUAAAAUGGAAUGUUGGCAUACAGAAUGUUACGGUAUUCACAAAUAUUGGCAUGUUACUAUUUCCCCUGAAGAUUUUGGGCUACCGAAUUUGAAGGUGUAUCGCAUUGAAGAAUACAAUGCAGAGAAUGACAAUCACCCAGACUUAAAAGAAAUGGAUUGUAAUAUUCUGACUUUCAAUAAAACGCUAUCAAAAAUUUGGACUGUUUUAUAUCGUUUCGAGGAGGAAACUGCAAACUGUGUUUCUGAUAUGUUUCAGUACCUUACGGGCUUAGACCAAAACAAUGGAUUAGACGCUUCGGCUUUGCUGGUUUUGAAGGUCAGUUGUCUUUUGAAAGCCAUAGAUUCCCUCGAUACCCUAAGAAUCUAUCAAACCAAAUUAUCUUUCUCAGCGAAUGACCAUCCAGGAUUGAGGUCAGACCAAAAGCUUAAGACUUUUAUCAAAAUGCAAACCAAAAUACCAAACAAGCUUUCUACUAAAAUAAUGAUUUAUCUGCAACUACUCAGGAAGAUCACUAGUAGCAGCAAUUCAGAAAAUGAUGUUGAUGUAAACUCAUUCAUAAGCGUCAUUACAGGCAUUGCUCAGUUUUUGAAGCUUCUGAUACGAGAUAGCCUAACUAAUGCGCUAGAAUACUGUAAAAUGACCAAAUCUUCCAGUGCACUACUCAAAUAUCUGAGGGAGAUAGAAAAAAAUGAAGAUUAUCAAGAGCAGCCUUUUGAAUACAUAAACAUUACUAUAAACGCGACGGACUCAUGCACUUACUGUGGGAAAUAUAUUAAAGAUGCAUGUAUCAAACAUGGAAUACGGCGCUGGCACAAAGAAUGCCUUCGUUGCUCAGUUUGUAAUAAAUUCAUUGAUAACCAUGAGCUAUCAGAAGCAGCUUACAACGACAAAACUUCUGAGGUACAUUGUGGCAGAUGUUCUGUGGAUGAUCCUAAUUCCAAAGUAGGGUUUAAGUCUGUCAGUUGUUUGGAACAGCUAAUAUUUCUGCUCCAAAUUGCCUUAGUCAGAUCAAAAACUGUUAUGAAAUAUAACUCAGAUUACGCUAAUACUUCUAAAAACGCCAUCAGAAACAAGUCUAUGCAACAAACAUAUAUUCGGACACUGAACGACGUUAAAAGGUUGAAAUAUAGAAGAACAAGCAUGAAGGUUUCAUGCAACAAGGAAGAGGUGAGGCAAUCUCGUGUAAUUGAAACAGAAGAACGUAGGGUUGAUCAAGAUAUCGCUGGCGAGAAAGAUCUGGUUAUACAAACCGACCAACGUAAUAUUAAAAAACAAAGUACAAUUUUCGAAGGAACUAAAUCCCUGACUUUAGAUGAUAUUUCUCGAAUAGUAGCUACUGAAAAAUCAAGGGAAUUGAUUCCGGGCACCAACAAAGAUUUUACAGCUUCAGGUGAUAACGUGCCAACCAAAAAAGCUACGAAUAGUAAUAUCUAUUAUUCAGAACUGACUUCAGAGCAAUAUUAUAUUUUACAAAUUAUUGCCUUUUCGUUACUUAAUAGCGAAGGAUUUGAUAUGCAACAGAUAAAACCGCCAGAUUUUCCUCACAAGAUGUCGAAUAAUAACGGUCUAUGGACAAAGUUCAAAACGAUUAUGGGCGGAAAAGAAUCAAAAAAAUCCUCAUACAAGAAAGUAUUUGGAACACCUUUGGAGUACCUCACAUCACAUUGUGGAGUAGAGUCAGACUUGGGUGUGGGGCCCUCAAAACUCAAAAUUCCAAUCCUUGUAGACGAGCUAAUAUCAAGUUUACGUCAAUUGGAUAUGUCUGUUGAAGGAGUUUUCCGUAAAAAUGGGAAUAUAAGACGCUUGAAACUUCUGGUGGAGGAAAUAGACAAUCAACCACAACAUUGUCCGGAUCUAUCUAAAGAAAAUGUAAUCCAACUGUCUGACUUACUAAAAAAGUUUUUGAGAGAGCUACCGAAUCCUCUUCUUACUUUCAGUCUUUACAAUCAUUGGAUCAAUGCGACAAAAUUAUCUGAUCAGAAAAGGAAAGAAAGAGCCUUGGAAUUAUUAUAUACCAUGCUUCCAAGAUACUACCGAAAUGUUGCUGAGGUUAUCUUUUCUUUCCUUUACUGGGCGUCCUCGUUUUCUCAUGUCGACGGUCAUAGCGGAUCCAAAAUGGAUAUUCAUAAUCUAUCAACAGUUAUCGCUCCAAACGUCUUAUAUCGAGAAGCAGACAAUGUUUCUAACUUCCAAACGACGACCCAAGCUGAAACCUAUGUGGAUGCGUUUGCCAACAAUGAAGCUGAAGAAUACUUCAUUGCGAUUGAGGCAAUAGGUUACCUCAUAACUAAUAAUGAAAAACUCUCAAUGGUGCCAAAAUAUUUAUCAGAUCUACUGGAUCAAGCCGAACAACAGCAGAUAAACUCCUUGGAAGACAUUAGAAAUUUUAUCAAAAAUAGAAACAGAACCAAUUGA